AGAACGAAAAUCCCAAACUUCCGAUCCCCAAUCCCGGAAAACCCUAGCCCCCAAAUCGACUGAGCUGAGUGCAGCCUCCUCCUGAGCCCCGACCAUGACUCCGACCCACCCCCAGCCACCGGCGGCCCGCAACAAUGGUGUGAUCUGAGGCGCGCCACAUCGCUCUUGGUUCCUGCUGCUUGCAUGGAGCGGGCACCGGAGCAUCGGCCGCAAAAGCUCUCCGUCGCCGCCGGCGUCGGCGGUGGAGGCGGCGAGGACCGCCUCAGCGCACUGCCGGACGACGUCCUCGUCCACAUCCUCCUCAAGCUCUGCGACACUGCCCUCGCCGCUCGGACCAGCGUCCUCGCCCGCCGCUGGCGCCGCGUCUGGGCUCUCCUCCCGGAGCUCCAUUUUCCCGUCGGCACUGGCCCCGACCGGAUACGCGCCGCUCUCACCGCCCACGAUGCGCCGGCCUUCCGGCACCUCUUCGUCGCCGCCAUCGAGGUCACCCCGGAAUCCGCUGCGUCAUGGCUCCCCAUCGCCGCGCGCCGCCUCUCUGGUGUCCUGCAUUUCAAGAACAGGGGGGACAUGAACGAGGCCUCCGCCGGGGAGAGAGGUGCCUUGCAGUUGCCUUGCUUCGAGAAAGCAACCAAGGUCGUGCUCGAUCUACGUUCGAUUGGCCUCACCCUGCCGCCUUCCGGCGAAUUUACCCGGCUCACCGAUCUGGAGCUGGUUCACAUACAGCUGCACGGUCCGUGUAGCCUCAGCGACGUUGUCUCUUCACCGCGGUGUCCAUCUCUGUUUUCUGCACGCAAUCGUCACAGCUUGAUGCUUCCACACCAUUUUCACCACAUCAGCAAACUUAUUCUCAUCCUUCUCUAUCUACCGGUCUGUGGGGACAAACGAUUCUUGAUGGAGGAGAUGACAAAGUUACCUAACAUCACCACCUUGGGACUGGUCGUAUUGGCCUGUGGACAUUCGUUUGGAGCCGGCUCAUUCCAUGUUCUCAAGAUGUCUAGUGGUAUAAGAGAGCUGACGCUUCAACUUGUCACUCGGAGCGACUGUAAGGCAUUUGCUGUGUGCCAAUCAGGUUGCAUUUGUGCUGAGCCAUCAAACUGGGAAACCGAGGACCUCGUGCUACCUUGCCUCAAAGAAUUAGCAAUCAAUGACCUGAGAGGAACUGAACAUGAACUCGCUCUUGUCAAAAGGUUAUUCAAGUGGGCAGCAAUGCUAGAAAGGGUGGCAGUAAUUUUCGAGGACUCGAUCGCUGAAAGCAACUGUGAAGAGUUGCGCCGGUUGCUACUAAGCUUCUCUAGGCCAGCAAUAUGUAUGAAAUUCUCGCAUGGAGGAUGUUUGCCAUUUGACUAGGGCACCAGCUUUGCCGAUUUGCUAUGGUUGUCAGUUCAGUGGGCCUACUUUUGUGAGACUGAACUUUGGUACAGCUUGUUUAGGUCCCGCAACUUGUUUCCAGUUUUUCUGAGACUGAACUCCUGUAACAUGUUUAAUUGGAACCUUGUUUCCAGUCU